GGCUGGGCUACACAUAUGCUCUCUGCCCAGAUCAGAGUUUCCAAUGGUCCACAUUACAAACACACCCAUAUGCAAAUGCCAGGCAUCCUGCUUAAAUUCCGGUUAAAAAAAGACGUGUGCGCUUCCGAGAGUUUGGUUUUGUUGAAGAUGGAGGGUGAUCGAAUUCAGGGGUCUCCCUCUUAUUACAGUGUUCUUGGUGUCGGCUCGGAUUCUUCCGUGGAAGAGAUAAGGCGUGCAUAUCGCAAGCUAGCUAUGAAAUGGCAUCCGGACAGGUGGACAAGAACCCCUUCUUUGUUGGGUGAAGCCAAGCGGAAAUUCCAGCAAAUUCAAGAAGCCUAUUCAGUGUUAUCCGACCAGAGAAAACGAAGUAUGUACGAUGUUGGCCUGUACGAUCCCGAUGACGACGAAGAGGACGAGGGGUUCUGUGAUUUUGUGCAAGAAAUGGUGUCUCUGAUGGCGGAAUCCAGAAGAGAGGCAAAGAGUUAUACCAUGGAGGACUUGCAAGCAAUGUUCAUGGAGAUGGUCAAAGGAUUCGAGUCUCCUCCUUCCUCUUUCUUCUGUGGACAACCGGUGGCUUUCGAACAAUCUGGAUGCUCGAAAAGAACGCGUCUCGAAUCUAAUUCCGGGAUUGGCAGAGAUUCAGGUGCCGGCUCAUCUCUCCAUGUACCAAACUUAGGGAUGUAUGGAGAAGGAUUCUUUUCAUUUCAGUGGCAAGGACAAAGAUGAUAAGAAUUCUUUCGAGUGUUUUGACAGCGGAUUGUGUGUCCUCUUUCUCUUGUUCUUUAGAGACCACAUGUAUAUAGAAAGGCAAGUAGAUGAAAGAUUGCAGUUCUUCUCUUUGUUGUGUAAUUUGGGCAAUUUUGUUGGGUUUUUUUUCUCUCCGUUUUCUCCUUGGACUUGUAUCUUCUGAAAGCUUGCAAGAUAUUUUGGGGCUUUAAUCGACCAAAACCCGUCAAAGCCCAGGGCUUUUCGCAACAA